GCUACUAUCGCGUUAAUUAUGAACUAACAAUGUGGCAAAGAAUCGCCUACUAUUUAAAUUCUGACAAUUAUAAAAACAUACAUGUUCUCAAUCGUGCUCAAAUUCUUGACGAUGCAUUUCAUCUUGCAAUAGAAGAAAAAACAUUAAGUUUGUCUACAUUUUGGAAUCUUAGCCAUUACCUGUCGCGAGAGACAGAUUAUGUAGCAUGGUACCCUAUGAUCAAAGCUUUUGAAUAUAUGUCAAUUUUUAUUCCAUUUUCGGAAAUUGGACUAGAGGAAGAGAUGCGUAAAAUUUUGCCUACGCUUUUUAAGAAAAUAGGAUAUCAAGAAAUUCCUAAUGAGAAUGAUCUUACUAAAUGUUUAAGACAAGAAAUUGCAAAGUGGGCAUGUGUGCUCGGUGACUCCGAUUGCAGAAUUAAUGCCACAUCUAGACUGGAAUGGCAUUUUACCAAUCCUGAAAAGCACAAAAUUUUACCAUGGUGGAAAGAAUGGACAUUCUGUAAAGGUUUGAUAAAAGCAAACGGUUCUAUUUGGAUGAAAAUGCUGGAUAUAUCUGAAAGGGAACAUGAUAAACAAAUUUUAGAAUACUUGACUUGCUCUGAAAAUCCUAAUAUUAUUCAAAUAUAUUUAAAUAAGAUAACGGAAAAUAUGUCACUAAAAAUUAAUGAUCGUGUUAAUAUUUUCCUUCGUAUUAUCGCAAAGCAUGCAAAGAACAUUGAAAUAUUGGAAUAUAUAUUGGAGAAUUUCGAAAAAAUAAAACCCAGAGAAGUCAAUGUGUUUGCGGCAUUAACUGUUAUUCUUAACCAUGGAAAUAUUGAAAAGCAAGAAAACGCGAUUUUAAGUAAAUUCGUAACAUAUGUUAAGGAAGAACUAAUAAUAAGAACUAUUCGGUUUAAGUUAUUCAGUCGAAAAAUACGACAGGAAAAGAUACAGAAAAUUAUGUCAAGUAAUUAUUCGAAGGAAAACGUUAUGCAUAAUACAGAAAAACCGGAAAUACCAAUAAAUGAAAGCGCCAAAGAAGAGGAUGUCCCGUAA